UCUGAGAGUCGCUGCGUCUCGAAGUCAUACGUUUUAUAAUGUCUCUUUCCACGCUGUCACCGCCAACCUCUUGUCCUUGACCAGAGAGGACAGCCACGUGGUCAGUGCCGGUACACCGACGUCCCGCCGGUCACCUGAAAGCGCAUUGGAUUCCUGUCCGUCUCCACCCGAACCAUGGAUGGAGAACCCGGAGCCUCGUCGGGUGGACCGCCCAAAAUCGGUUCCGGGAAACGGGAAGGCAGCGCGACUGAUGUAACACAUAGUUCUCAGGUGGUGGACAGAUGCGAGGAGGCUGUGGAAAGCGAGACGAGAGCCCUCCCGCCCCCCUUGGAGGAGUUCGAGUUCCCUGUCAACGCCCGACUCGAGGCCCAUCCCCUCUUCCCCCCGUGGCGCCUUCCCCUCAAGCUGGUGUCCAUCUUGUUGGUGUUCACCUUCCUGUACUCCUUCCUGCGGGAUGUCGUACAGCCCUUGGUCUCCCUGGGCAGGAUGGACUUCUACAAGAUGCCAGUUCUGGUGCUGAACAAGGCCCUGCCCUGGACCUCCAUCACCAUACUGGCUCUGGUGUACAUCCCCGGCCUGCUUGCUGCAGGAUUGCAGCUCUUCCGAGGCACAAAGUACGGCCGUUUCCCAGGCUGGCUGGAGCUCUGGCUCACCAUGAGGAAGCAGCUGGGCCUCCUGUCCUUCUUCCUGGCCUCGCUGCACGCCAUCUACAGCCUCUGUUACCCAAUGAGGCGUUCUUACAGAUACAAGCUUCUUAACUGGGCCUAUCAGCAGGUGCAGCAAAACAGGGAGGAUGCAUGGGUGGCGGAUGACGUCUGGCGGAUGGAGAUCUACAUCUCCCUGGGCGUGCUGGGCCUGGCCGCCCUGUCCGCUGUGGCCGUCUGCUCCAUCCCGUCCGUCAGCAGCUCCCUCACAUGGACUGAGUUGCAGUGCAUCCAGAGGACUCUGGGAUACGGCGCCCUGCUGCUCUGUACGGCGCACGCACUGGUGUUCGGCUGGAGGAAGUGGGCGGAGCCGGCCAGCUACGUGUGGUACACUCCGCCUUCCUUCAUCCUGGCCUCACUGCUCCCCCUGCUGGCCCUGUCGGCCAAAGCCACCCUGCUGCUUCCAUGCCUGACCCGAAGGCUGGCCAGGAUCCGCCGGGGCUGGGAGCGGCCGCGUCCCCUGGGAGGGAACAGGAGACAGGAACUCUCAGUGACAUCCUAGUAGCAGUCACCCCCUACCCCCAACCACUACCGUUGAUAGUGUCACCUUCCCUGCCCACGUGGGUGUUUUGGACAGCAACACUCAUUAGAAUGCUGUUCAGUCCGUCUUUAAAUUAUUUAUGUAUUUAUUUCUCAUGAUCAGAUGUGUCCUCAGAUUGAUGGAAGACCCUCGUCGCUGCUGCACACUGUCAGCCCCCCCAGUCUCCUAUAGCAUGACACAGCGGGUUUGUCAGUCCAGCCUGUCCACAGAGUGUCUCGAUGGAUGUGGGUGAAGGUCAUCGGUGCUUUCCAGGUCUGUCCAGGGGAUCCACUGUGCCACUCGGUCUUUGUAAACAGAAACAUACACAAUUCUUCUCUUUCUCAUUCUUCACAUGAUUACUUUAUUAUUAUUAUCAUCGUUAUAAUUUUUGUUGCAGUUAUUAUUUUCCAGUUUAAGGCACAUUAGCGGGCACCCUGGGGGAAUCGUUUUUCAUAUUUAGCAGACACUUUUAUCCAAAGCGACACACAAGUGAGGCAAAUAGCCCAUUGCAACAUACGUGCUGUUAAGAUGUCAACGAGGCAUGAUUGCAGCUAAGUUGAGCUUUGAAUAAAUGCUCAGGUAUAGAGUAAGCAGUAUUGGAACUGGAGCUACACAACAACCAUUAACAAAGGAAGAACCUAAUAAGACUAUCUGAAGGCCAGAAGUGCAACAAGAGGAUUCAAUGAACAAUGAGUCUAAUAGAGGAAUGUAACAGAUGGGUCUUCUUGAAGGGCGAGAGGGAGACUAAUGACUUAAUGUGGUUCAGCAGCUCAUUUCUCCAUUGGGGAAGCACACGAGUACCGUCUGGAGUCAAGGAGGAUCAAGACAGAUGACCGAGAUAGGGCUCCUGUGGCUCUAAGUGUAUCCAAAGAUGUGAGGAGGGCAGUCUGAGUCGAGUGCACAGGUCUGAAUCCAGUGAGAAAUUCAGAGAUGUGGCUGAGGACAGCAGGUUCCAGAGUUUAAGACAAGAAUGAGAGAAGGGAGCCUGGCCAAUAGCUAUCAGACUGAGAAGGAUCGAGUGAGGGAUUUUUCAGCAGUGGUGUAACUUGAGCCUGUGUAAGUCUGGCAGGGAAGGUGUUGGUGUAAAGGGAUGAGUUAAUCAAGUGGGUAUGUGGAAGGGUAAGUAUAGGAGAGAUGGCCUGGAGGACCUGGGAGGCGAUAGGAUCCAGGGCACAGGUGCUGGGCUGGUGAGGGAGAAGACUAGGCCUUAAGGAGGACAGUUAGGGCUUUAAGAUGACAUCACAUUUGCGUGGACGUGACCUUGCUGGCUCUUUCUGUCAAAUCAAUAGUAAAUAAUAAAAUCCCUGUAUCUCAGGAGGAUAUUAAAAAAAGUAACCUGGAAUGCAAAUUAAACAACAGACAUCCAGAGGAGUGCUAUUCAAAAUGCUCCUGAACUGGAAUCCAUGGGAAACUGAGCAUGGAUGUAUUUGCAAGAGCAGCCAUGUUCUGAAGAAGCACGGAUCUGGACCUUAUACCACGACGGGCUAAAUGAAAUCCAUUGUGUUCCACCUAAAUUCAGUUCUGCUCCUGUUGAAUAGUGCACUUGUCGUUCAAAUGGGACUGUUUAACUUUCUGUUCACAGACAUGGGAAAUGGGUCAAGUCACUUUUAACACUCUUUGUCCCUUAUUGUACUGACACAGAUGGAGUUGCACUUUCUUCAUGGAUCAGUACUUUUUAUUCUAGACAGUUGUGUAAUUCUUAGAGAGACUGGUGCACACUUGUUCCAUUGUUUGACAGCAUUGCUACACCACGUUUCAAUCUGGUUCGCACCGGAUUUCCUUCCUACACAUGAAACCAACUUAAAGAUCAGCACAAACUUCCAGCUGUUUAUGUGUCAGGUUGUGCUUUUUUACGGUGGCUAUUUACACACAGUUUUACAGAAAAAGUGAGUAAAUGAUCCCCUCACUUGAAAAGAGACUAAAAGGUUCUUUAAAAGGUCUUUGUCCAAAAACAUUACAAUUUUUAUCCAACCUACUUAAAGGCUACAACUGUAGGUUAUACAAUACAGAACAAUAAACUCUGCAAUACCCAAUAAAACAAAAUGUCAUAUUUUAAUAAAGGCAUAUAUGUUACAUGUAAAACAUUGUAAUAUAUUGUGAUGAAUGUGCUAUAAAAUGUAUCCAGCCAUUGUUUUUCUAAUGACUUAUACCAGUAGUUCUCAAACUGGUACACAUAUCAUACAUAUGUGGUACUCGGAGCGUGCCCAGGUGGUAUGCACUGAAAAGGUAGGAGUAAAAAAUUGAAAUCAAUGUAAAUUACUUUGUAAAAUUUUGUAUGUAAAAUUUUCAUAACACUUUCUAUGAAAGCCUUGUCUAUAGUAAUCUAUGAACACAUUCAUAACUCAGUGAAUUUUCAGGUACACCCCUAUCCUGGGGGGAGAGCAGUACAAACACCAGGACUUGUUAUUGUAUCCAAGCCUGCUGUCAUCACUCUCUCUUUUCCUGCGGAUCCUUUUAUAUGUGAUGCCUAUACUGACCUCAUCCCCGUUACACUCAGCCCCCCAGUAGCAGCGCCCAGUCAGAUGAGCCUGAAGUUGGCUACUUAUUUGCCAGCUUCUUAUUUGCAGGAUCCGUACCACCUUAAAUAGGGGAUGUUGUUUCAACAGAAUCCUGUAGAGGGCAGUGGAUAUGCUAAAUUGAAAGGUCCAAGAAUGUUUUAGGGUGUUUUCACAUAUAGUCCUCUUUUAAGGAUACAAAAUUGGUCUGACACCAUCCUACCUAAAAGACCUCAUCACACCCCGCACUGCACCACGAUCUCUCCGAUCCUCCGGCACUGCUCGACUGGUCCCACCACCGCUCAAGGCACAAGGAAGACACACAUCUCGGCUCUUCUCUGUCCUGGCACCUAGUUGGUGGAAUAAACUCCCCCUAGAUGUCCGAACAGCUGAAUCCUUGAAUGUCUUCAAGCGACAACUGAAAACAUUCCUUUUUAAGAGAUACCUGAAGUAGUAUUUCUGAUUUCUGUAUUCUUACUCAGCUAUUUUCCUUGUGUGUGUGUAUUAAAAAAAAUAAAUAAAAUUUUGCACUUUCUCAA